AGUCCUCUUCUUCCCUUCUUAGGGGUCGUUCGAACCCCUGCCGGCCUCUCCCCUCCCUCUCCCUGCCUCCCGCGACAGCCUCGGUCUUCGCCCUCGGGACUGAAGACCUACCCGACGGGCAGGAGCCAAUUGCUGAUGGGGAGAGGAAAAAAUAGCCACUGUUCCGGUUCCCUAUGAGUUAACUGCUGCUGUCCAAAGGCAGGUGUAAUAUUUUCUGUGUAUUAAAGGUCUUCUCUGUUGGUUGAAAUGUCUAUGAUUUUAUCUGCCUCAGUCAUUCGUGUCAGAGAUGGACUGCCACUUUCUGCUUCUACUGAUUAUGAACAAAGCACAGGAAUGCAGGAGUGCAGAAAGUAUUUUAAAAUGCUCUCGAGGAAACUUGCUCAACUUCCUGAUAGAUGUACACUGAAAACUGGACAUUAUAACAUUAAUUUUAUUAGCUCUCUGGGAGUGAGCUACAUGAUGUUGUGCACUGACAAUUACCCAAAUGUUCUCGCCUUCUCUUUCCUGGAUGAGCUUCAGAAGGAGUUCAUUACUACUUAUAACAUGAUGAAGACAAAUACUGCUGUCAGACCAUACUGUUUCAUUGAAUUUGAUAACUUCAUUCAGAGGACCAAGCAACGAUAUAAUAAUCCCAGGUCUCUUUCAACCAAGAUAAAUCUUUCUGACAUGCAGACGGAAAUCAAGCUGAGACCUCCUUAUCAAAUUUCCAUGUGCGAACUGGGGUCAGCCAAUGGAGUCACAUCAGCAUUUUCUGUUGACUGUAAAGGUGCUGGUAAGAUUUCUUCUGCUCACCAGCGACUGGAACCAGCAACUCUGUCAGGGAUUGUAGGAUUUAUCCUUAGUCUUUUAUGUGGAGCUCUGAAUUUAAUUCGAGGCUUUCAUGCUAUAGAAAGUCUCCUGCAGAGUGAUGGUGAUGAUUUUAAUUACAUCAUUGCAUUUUUCCUUGGAACAGCAGCCUGCCUUUACCAGUGUUAUUUACUUGUCUACUACACCGGCUGGAGGAAUGUCAAAUCUUUUUUGACUUUUGGCUUAAUAUGUCUAUGCAACAUGUAUCUCUAUGAACUGCGCAACCUCUGGCAGCUUUUCUUUCAUGUGACUGUGGGAGCAUUUGUUACACUACAGAUCUGGCUAAGGCAAGCCCAGGGCAAGGCUCCCGAUUAUGAUGUCUGACACCAUCCUUCAGAUCUAUUGCCUUGGCUUCAGGGGGAAAAGGAGGGAACAUAUCAUAACUGCCACUGUGAUGAAGAAGCUGUUCCCCACAAAGGAGAAGCUCUGCUUUCUUUCUCUCCAACUUUCCUUUUUUAAAAUCAGCAUGGCGUGCCUGUGAGCAUGGAAGACCUUCUAGGAAAAGUCCUCAGAAGAAUGCUGGCCAUGAGAUUAUCAUUCAGAGGAGAAGAUUUCUCUCUUCAAGGCCGUAACAGUGGAAGAACAGUCGUAUGCCAUUGGAAGACUUGGCCAGCCAUCCUGAAUCCUUCCUGAAGAGUUCAGAAAAUAGAUGUGGUAUUGCUCUGAGGACCAGGCAGGAGGAACUCUACAGUCUGAGUUUGCCUUUGUGAGGCAUUAGUAUAGACCAAAUAAAAAGCUGCAGAAAUUGGAAAGUUUAUGUUUUAAAUAAAUGACUGUGAUAAAUAUCAGAUUUUACAUUGUUGCAAUGUGCAAAUAUUUUCUUUGCUUUGAAAUAUUUUGAUAUUUAUCUGGUAUCAAUAUAGACAUCAGAUUUGCACAUUUAUGGUACUAAGAGUUUAUAAAGUCCAAGAUGGUGUGAAAUUGGUUCUUUUUACUUUUAUAUUUUUGCUUGAAUCUUAACUCUGGAAAUCACCUGAUGUAGAAGAAGGCUGUGAUGAGCUCGUCUCUGGAACAUCACAAGUAUUGAAAAUACAGUAAUGGAUGUUUCCUUUCUAAUCCAUGUUUAUUGUUUCUUUUGAAAUCACGUCUAAAAACUAUGACUCAUUAGACUAUAGCUGUUGUUUCCCAAACUUCAGUCUCUUGAGUACUACUUGUAUUAUUUUCUUAAUAUUUAUCUUUUAUAUUUUAAAGUUUUUUUAAAAAACGAAUCCUGCUCCAAGUGGAAAACCAGUAUCCGUUUGCCGUAAAUAAAAGGUAACCACAAAAUAAAUAAGACGAACACAAAAAAUGUUUUUCAGUUCUAGCUAGAAACUAAUGCCUAGAAAGGCUCCGAAUCUUAGGCUCGCGCUUUGUGGCAGUGAGGGAGAUGUUACCAGCACCAGCAUGAGGCACUGUCUCUGGAAUAGUCAGAGGAUGAA